AUGGGCAAGAAGCAUUUGGAAAACCUCUCUUUAAAGCUUCAGCUGGCCCUUCUAAAGUCAGAGCUGGUGGAACUUAAAGCCAAAUGCCAGAAAUUAGUGGCAGGCUUGGAAAAAGCUAAACAAGAGCUGAGUGACUGGAGAGCAGAGGCUCAGUGUAAAGCUGCCCAGCUCGAGCAGGUUCAGAGGCGAGGCUUCGAAAGAGAUGCCAAGGUUGAAGCUCUUCAACGAGGCCUGUGUGAGAAAUCGGAAAGUCUCAGAAGUUUGAAGGAGGAGCUGCAGGAAGCACGAGGAGAGGUGCAGCGCUUGGAGCUUCAGAAAAAGGAGUUGCAACAAGAGUUAAAGGACCUCAACCAGAGGCGAGAGUUUGAAAACAAGCUGGCCACAGAAAAGGUGAAACUCUAUUAUGAUGUGGAAAUUAGAAAAAUCCAGAAGGAGGUGGAAGGGGUGAAAAGGGAGCUAAUACAGAGAAAGCCUUGAAGGCAAAGAGUGCUGAAGAUCUAGAAAUGUUUAAGAAACACUUUUCAGGCCAGCCAUCAUCUGAUCUAGCUCAACAUUUGAGAAUCUAUUUUCUUUAAUGCAAAUACAAAAUAAAGAUAUGA